CACUCCACUUUCUAGCUGCCGCACAGUUUCCUCGCUGCCCGCUUUUUCUCCCAGAGAUUCCUCGGAUUUUUGUAGCUUUUCUGUGUUGGUCCUGCCGCGUUCCCUACACUUCUCUCCCCCUCCCCUUGUGUCCCUCUGCUCUGGAAGUGUCGCUCACUGUGGGAAUUCGAGGGAACUGCGAGUUCACGGAGGAUGGUGACACGUCCGCGCACUUAUUGGAAUACAUUUUACUUAUGAAUUGGACGCCUUAGGAGAGGAAAAGAAAGACAAAAACAAACUGUGUGCGGGUUUAGCAGUCAGCGGUGCUGCUGAGGCUGUGUGUCAUGUCAAGUGGUAAACCAUGAACUCGUGCGGAUAACUGCUCUGCUGCCGUUACUGCUCUACGCCGUUUUUCUCACAAGUUGGUCCGUGACGACACUUUCGGCUCCUUUUGUGUAGUUUUGCUCUUUUUUCGGCUCUUCAGUGACAUGCUCGCUGGUCCCCACCACCUCCAGUGACUUGUCAUUCCUCGUCUGCUUCGGACCCUUCGGCUUCGCUGUGUGUACCAUGAUUCUCCUGGGCGCCGCCGCUUUGACACCAGCACCGUAGCGAUUGUUCGUUCGUUCAUUUGUGGUCUAAGCCAAGGCCAGCAGCACUCAGCUCAUCCGCGCGGCGCGGCACCUCCGCGGGGGGCAUGCUGUGACAGAGCCGCUCUCCGGCAUUAUGAGCCGCACUUCUCCGCCUCCAUAGCCUCUUAUGCUCUUCUUUUUCGCUUUCAAAUAUGAUGAAAUGGCAGCCCCGGAAGAAGGCAUACUUCCGACAGGGUGUUGCCCUUCAGUACCUGGGGCGCCAUGCCGAUGCGCUGGCUGCCUUCGCUUCUGGCCUGGCCCAGGACCCCAAAAGCCUGCAGUUGCUUGUGGGCAUGGUGGAGGCCGCCAUGAAGUCACCUUUACGAGAGACUCUGGAGCCCACAUACCAGCAACUGCAGAAGAUGAAGCUGGACAAGAGCCCCUUUGUGGUGGUGUCAGUCAUUGGCCAGGAGCUUCUGACGGCUGGCCACCACAGCGCCUCUGUGGUUGUUCUGGAGGCUGCACUCAAAAUCGGGACCUGCAGCCUCAAGCUGCGUGGCUCUGUCUUCUCCGCACUCAGCUCUGCAUACUGGUCACUCGGCAGCACCGAGAAGAGCACCAGCUACAUGCAGCAGGACUUGGAGGUAGCCAAGACUCUAGGUGACCAAACGGGUGAAUGCCGGGCCCACGGGAACCUGGGGUCAGCAUUCUUCUCCAAGGCAAACUACCGGGAGGCCCUGACUAACCACCGGCAUCAGCUGGUCCUGGCCAUGAAGUUGAAGGACAGAGAGGCAGCCUCUUCGGCCCUCAGCAGCCUGGGGCAUGUGUACACGGCCAUCGGGGACUAUCCCAACGCCCUGGCCAGCCAUAAGCAGUGCGUCCUGCUAGCCAAGCAGUCCAAGCACCAGCUGUCAGAGGCUCGAGAGCUGGGCAACAUGGGCGCUGUUUACAUCGCCAUGGGUGACUUCGACAAUGCCGUGCAGUGCCACGAGCAGCACCUUGCUAUCGCCAAGGCUCUGGGUGACCAGCGGGAGGAGGCACGCGCCUACAGCAACCUAGGCAGUGCCCACCACUACCGGCGCAACUUUGACAAGGCUGUGUCCUAUCACACACGUGUGCUGGAGCUGGCCCAAGAGCUGGCUGAAAGAGCCAUUGAGAUGAGGGCUUAUGCUGGACUGGGUCAUGCUGCACGCUGCAUGCAGGAUCUUCAGCGCGCACAGCAGUAUCAUGAACAGCAGCUGGCCAUCGCCGAGGGGCUCAAGGACCGUGCCGCUGAGGGCAGAGCCUCUUCCAACCUGGGCAUUAUCCACCAGAUGAAAGGAGACUAUGAGACUGCACUGAAACUCCACAAAACUCACCUCUCCAUCGCCCAGGAGCUGAAUGACUAUGCUUCCCAAGGCCGUGCCUAUGGUAACAUGGGCAAUGCAUACAAUGCAUUGGGGAUGUUUGACCAGGCUGUGCGGUACCACAGGCAGGAGCUGCAGAUCUCCAUGGAAGUCAAUGACCGGGCAUCCCAGGCAUCCACCCAUGGGAAUCUGGCGGUGGCUUAUCAGGCCCUGGGUGCCCAUGACCGCGCAUUGCAACACUACCAGAACCACUUGAACAUUGCCCGUGAGCUGCGGGAUAUGCAGAGUGAGGCGCGGGCACUGGGAAACCUUGGAAAUUUCCACUGUUCCCGGGGAGAGUUCCCUCAGGCCGUGCCAUACUAUGAACAAUACCUGCGCCUUUCCCCAGACCUUCAAGACAUGGAAAAUGAGGGCAAAGUGUGCCACAAUCUGGGAUAUGCCCACUACUGCCUGGGCAACUUCCAGGAAGCUGUUAAGUACUAUGAGCAGGACCUUGCGCUGGCCAAGGACCUGCAUGACAAACUGAGCCAGGCCAAAGCCUACUGCAACCUGGGCUUGGCCUUUAAGGCACUGGGUGACUUCAGUAAGGCUGAGGAGUGCCAGAAGUACCUGCUGUCCCUUGCACAGUCCCUCAACAACUCGCAGGCCCGUUUCCGUGCUCUUGGCAAUCUGGGGGAUAUCUUUGUCUCCAAGAAGGACCUGGGAGCGGCAGUGCAGUUCUAUGAACAACAGCUAGUCCUGGCGCAUCAGGUCAGUGAGCGCAAAAUGGAGGCCUGUGCUUAUGCUGCUCUGGGUGCCACCUACAGGAUGAUGCAGAAGUAUGACAAGGCUCUUAGGUACAACAUCCAGGAGCUGGAGGUCUACCAGGAACUGGCGGACCUGCUAGGGGAAUGCAAGGCCCAUGGUCACCUGGCUGCUGUGUAUAUGGCUCUCGGAAAGUACACCAUGGCCUUCAAAUGCUAUGAGGAGCAACUUGAGCUUGGUCAGAAGUUGAAGGACCCUAGCACUGAGGCACAAGUCUUUGGCAACAUGGGAAUCACCAAAAUGAACAUGAGCGUGAUGGAAGAGGCCAUUGGCUAUUUCGAGCAGCAGCUGGCCAUGCUGCAGCAGUUGAGUGGUAAUGAGGCUCUGCUGGACCGGGGCCGGGCCUACGGCAACCUGGGGGACUGCUAUGAAGCCCUGGGAGACUAUGAGGAGGCUAUCAAGUACUACGACCAGUAUCUGUCCAUCGCCCAGAGCCUCAACCGCAUGCAGGACCAAGAGAAGGCUUACAGGGGCCUAGGGAGUGGACACAGGGCCAUGGGUAACUUGCAGCAGUCCUUGGUGUGCCUGGAGAAGCGGCUCGUGGUGGCUCACGAGCUAGGGGAGUGUGCAGGCAAGGCACAGGCCUACGGAGAGCUUGGCAGCCUGCACAGCCAGCUGGGAAACUAUGAGCAAGCCAUCUCCUGUCUUGAGCGUCAGCUGGCUAUUGCUCGAGAUACAGGCAACCAAGUACUGGAGGGUGAAGCCAGUAGCGGCUUGGGUGCUGUGUACCAGCUCAUGGGUGAUUACGACGCUGCACUGCAGUGCCACCAGCGUGACCUGCAGAUCACUGAGGAGGCAGGCAAUGCUGAGGGUCAGUGCCGUGCCUACGGCAACCUGGGCCUCACUUAUGAGUCACUGGGUAACUUUGAGCGCGCCGUCGUCUACCAGGAGCAGCACCUGAGUGUUGCCGCCCAGAUGAACGACCUUGUGGCCAAGACACUAGCCUACAGCAGUCUGGGACGUACCCAUCAUGCCCUGCAGAACUACUCUCAGGCCGUCAUGUACCUACAGGAGGGUCUGCGCUUGGCAGAGCAGCUCAGUCGCCGGGAGGAUGAAGCCAAGAUCCGGCACCGCUUAGGGUUGUCCCUGUGGGCCAGUGGGAACCUGGAAGAGGCGCAGCACCAGCUGUACCGGGCAUCAGCGCUCUUUGAGACCAUCCGUCACGAGGCCCAGCACAGCACCGACUAUAAGCUGUCCCUGUUUGACCUGCAGACAUCAUCGUACCAGGCACUGCAGAGGGUCCUUGUCAGCCUAGGUCACCAUGACGAAGCCCUGGCAGUAGCAGAGCGGGGCCGCACGCGUGCCUUCGCCGAUUUGCUUGUGGAACGUCAGACCGGUCAGCUGGAUGCUGACCCCUACAGCCCCGUGACGGUGGAGCAUAUCCUGGACACGGUCAAUGGGCAACGUGCUCUUGUCCUCUACUUCUCACUUGCCGCAGGACACCUGUACAGCUGGUUGCUGGCUCCUGGUGCAGGCAUCCUCAAGUUCCAUGGAGUAUACCUGGGGGAAGGUAUGUUGGAGGCUGGGCCUGAUUUCCAGGAUGCUGCUGGGGGCCUGCAGGGAGGCAGCAGUGUCUCAUCUCUGGAGCAGCACAUCACCAGGGCCCGCGAAGCUCUCGGUGUCGACUCCUAUUACAGCAGGGGCUGUUCCAGCAGUGAGACGGAGAGUGAGGCUGGAGAUCUGCUUGACCAGCAGUUUGAGGAACUCAACAACAAGCUCAACUCCGUGACUGAUCCCACUGGCUUUCUGCGCAUGGUGUCCAGAAACAACAUGUUUAACAGGAGCUGCCAGAGUAUGACCAGCCUCUUCAGCAACACUGUGUCCCCGGUGAAGGACAGCAGCUCCUCACUGCCACAGCGGGCUGCCACUCUCAGCAAACCCCCACUGCGCGCUCUCUACGACCUGCUCAUCGCGCCCAUGGAGGGGGGUCUGAUGCAUUCCAGUGGGCCUGUGGGCCGCCACCGGCAGCUGGUUCUGGUCCUGGAGGGUGAUCUUUACUUGGUGCCCUUCUCCUUGCUCAAGGGUAGCUCAUCCAAUGAGUACCUGUAUGAGCGCUUCAGCCUCAUCACUGUGCCCUCCAUUGGGAGCCUGGGGGCCAGUUCCAAGACACACCCUCGGCGAGCGGUGCCAACCCUUUGUGGAGGCACCUCCAUGGCAGCAGUGGUUGGCAACCCUCAGCUGCCUCCUUCAGUGAUGGACCGUUGGCUGUGGGGUCCCAUGCCCUCAGCUGAAGAGGAGGCCAGCAUGGUGUCAGAGCUGCUAGGCUGUCAGCCGCUGGCAGGUGCCACUGCCACCAAGGAGCGCGUGAUGAGUGCCCUCAGCCAGGCCGAGUGCGCUCACUUUGCCACUCACAUUUCCUGGAAGCUGGCUGCCCUGGUGCUCACUCCAAACCAGGAUGGGGCAGGCCCUGGUGGUAGUUCUGGGGGAGGUGGAGGAGUGGGAGGAAGUGGGGCUGGGAAGGGCUACACCAUUACUGAAGGGCUACGCACGCAAGAAGACAGCAGCGAUGUGGAGAGUAUCUGCGAUAUCCCACCGCUGCAGGAGUUCCUGCUCACCGCCGCUGACAUUCUGGACCUACGACUGCCUGUUAAGCUGGUGGUUCUCGGGUCCUAUCAAGAGUCCAACAGCAAAUUGACAGCAGACGGAGUAGUAGGACUGACUCGAGCCUUCUUGGCAGCCGGAGCACAGUGCGUGCUGGUGUCGCUGUGGCCCAUACCUGUAGCUGCCUCCAAGGUGUUUGUUCAUGCCUUCUACACUUCCCUGCUCAAUGGCGUCAAGGCUAGUGCUGCACUGGCUGAUGCAAUGAAGGCUGUGCAGAGCAACAAGCAGUUCUCCCACCCCUCCAACUGGGCUGGCUUCAUGCUCAUUGGUAGUGAUGUGAAGCUGAACAGUCCGUCGUCUUUGGUCAGUCAGGCCUUGGCAGAGAUCCUGCAGCACCCUGAGAAGGCCCGUGAUGCACUCAGGGUCCUUCUGCACCUGGUGGAGAAAUCUUUGCAGCGCAUCCAGAACGGGCAGCAGAACUGCAUGUACACAUCCCAACAGAGUGUGGAGAACAAAGUUGGAGGCGUGCCCGGAUGGCAGGCACUGCUUAUGGCUGUCGGGUUCCGUCUGGACUUGGCUGGCGCGGGGCUUCCUGCUGCCGUGUUCUUCCCCACGAUGGACCCUGGGGACAGACUACAGCAGUGCAGCACCACCCUACAGUCCCUGCUUGGCCUGCCGCCAGCCGCUCUCAUGGCUCUGUGCAAGCUGGUCACGGCCUCGGAGACAGGGGAGGAGCUUAUCAACAGGGUAGGUCCCUGCACAGGAAAGGACUGGCAAGAGGCUGUAAAAAAUAUGGUGGGAAUGCUCCAUCAGGUGCUGGUCCAGCUGCAGACAGGGGACAAGGAACAGGACUUCUCGCUGGCACCCAUUCAGGUGUCCAUCAGUGUUCACCUGUGGCGGUUGCCUGGUUGCCAUGAGUUCCUGGCUGCCCUGGGGUUCGACUUGUGUGAGGUCGGCCAGGAGGAAGUGGUGCUGAAGACGGGGAAGCAGGCAAACCGUCGCACCACGCACUUUGCUCUGCAGUCGCUGUUGGCGCUCUUCGAUUCCACAGAGCUGCCCAAGCGCCUAAGCCUGGACAGCUCAUCCUCCCUGGAGUCCUUGGCCUCGGCCCAGUCCAUGUCUAACCCGCUGGUCCUGGGCUACCCAAAUCCACCCUUCUCCCCACCCUACCCCGACAGCCUGGCAUCCGAUGUCAUCUCCGUCUAUAGCCUAAGUUCUGUGGCUUCAUCCCUGAGCUUCGUGUCUAAGUCUGAGAGUGCAAGUGACUUUCUGGCCCAGCGCUCACGGCAACAGGAGCUGGAGCGCCACCGUGGUGGGACAGGGCUUUUCUCUCACCGCCAUGCUGGCAUGCUGUGCGGCCACUCUUCCUCCCACAGGGUAGUGGCUGGUGGAAGCAGAGAGGAGGAAGAGUAUGAGGGCUUCUCUAUCAUAAGCAGUGAGCCGCUGGGCAGCCACUGUGAUUCUCUGCCCCUGCCAUCAGGCCAUGGACAGAGGCGCCUCCAGCGGGGGCAUGAUGGCCCCAGUGCUGGGGAGGGGCGGGGUUAUGGAGUGUCAGUUUCCUCACGGGGCAGUGUAAGCACACCCACGUCGCCUGUGAAGGCUGGCCUGGCACCCAGCCCUAACAACUGUUUCUUCCAGAAGGUGGGCAAGGUGAGCAGCUCUGACACAGGUGAAUCUGACCAGUCAAGUACAGAGACGGAUAGUACCGUCAGGUCCCAGGAGGAGAAGACAGCCACUGUGGGACCAACCCUAGACCCCCAGGAGUUAGCUGAGAAAAUCCUGGAAGAAACACAGUGCCACCUACAGGCUGUGGAAAACUUGCAGUGGGGCGGGCUGGAUGGCAUAGCUGGAGGAGCAUCAGUGCCAACGGGGGGGUUUGCUUUCCGCUCCUCUGAAACGAGUGCCUUCAGUCGGCCACUGAGCAGCACCACUAACAAGGCACAGUCGUCGCCCCCCCUCACACGCCCCAAGCCCCCAUCCCGCACAUCCUCCCUGCAGAAGGUCAGCUCUGGGUACAGCAGUCCUACCACGUCAGACACAUCCCUGAAAGAUGGGAGUCACCCCUCUCCCACCAUGGACACCCAGGCUCAGUUCAAACUCAAGUAUCCUAGCUCACCCUACAGCAGCCACAUCUCACGCUCACCCAGCAACAUCUCACCAAGCUCAGGUCACCAGUCCCCUGGUGGUAGCGUUCCCUCCCCCGCCCUGUCAUACUCCUCCACCGGCUCUGCUCGCUCCAGCCCGGCUGAUGCCCCCGACUUGGACCGGCUGAAACGGGCGGCCAUUGAUGAAAAGGUGCAGGCAAUCCACAACCUGAAAACCUUCUGGGCCAAUGCAGCUCAGCAGCAAGUCCACUCUGGUCCCAUGAGGGCUCUUCGUGGUGGGCCAAGGCCAAUGGGUGCCAGCAGAGGUGAUGUCCUUAACCUCUUGAACCUUUCACCACGGCAUAACAGCCCAGAGCUAAGCUCUCUUGAGAGUGACUUCAGAAACCCCCCCAACGGCCACCACCCCAGCAGCUCAAGUAAAACUGUCCCGCCACGUGCAGCCUCGACGAAUAGCAGCCCUGGUGCCCGCCCGGUCAGACUUCCUACAGGGAAUGGCUACAAGUUUCUAUCCCCUGGACGAUUUUUCCCCUCAUCCAAAUGCUGAGACGCUUUCCUUCUGCCAUGUGUUGAUCAUUGGCUAUCCCCCUGUAACAUGAGGCUCAGCACUUCCUAGAGAUCCUGAUCUUUCUUGAAGCAUUGAAAAAUACAAAGACACUCUUAGGUAGGAAAGCUCAGGAGCUGGACACCUCACUAGAGUCCUUCUGUUCCAACCAACACUGUAAACGGCUGAACUGUCCACUCAAGACCUGACACUGUGUGUGUUGGGAAAAUUACACACCAAGCAGUAUUUCCUCCAAAACACAUAGUUUGUGUAAGGCAAGGUGAUGGAGCUGUGAUUGGUCUUAAUUUCAUGUUCAUUUUAAUUGUAAUAUUAUUCUUAUUAUAAUUGUUUUGUAAAUUAAAUCGUGUUUCACAAUAAGUAUUAAACAUUUUUAUAUUAAUAAAGCAAACAAAACUGUACCCUGUAAAAAAGUUUUAAAAAAAUAUUUUUUAUUGAAAUGGCAGGGCAUUUGGCCAGAUGUCUUUGUGAAUUUGAGUGUCUAUAUUAAAGCAUGAGUUUUCUUGCUAUUCAUUAAGUACAAAGUAUGACUUUUUAGCACAGCUUUUGAAAAACAUGGAAAAUACAGAAAAGGCAUACAUCUCAGCCAUUUAUCAAGAAAAGGGUUUCAAUAAAAUCAUGUUUGCUCUUUUGCACUUGUUGUUCUUUUCUUGUAAUUAUAGCAGUAAAAACAAAACACUCACUUACCUUAACAGUUUGGAAGUAUCAGUAUCAGCUUAGAAGAAAAUUCCCAUCUAAACCCAUUCAGACAACGUAAAGGAUUCACUCUCAAAAUAACAUUGUCAG